AUGCACAUGAACAAGAGGAUCGGUCGGCUCAAACAAUGGGCCGGCGAGCGGAUGGGUGGAGAGGCCAAGACCUGCCAGUCCGAUAAUUUCAAGGCCAUGGAGACGGAGAUGGGCGUACGACAUGAAGGCGUUGAUCGCAUUCACAAGUCCAUGACUUCCUACGUCAAGGCGAUCUCCAAGCGGAAUGAGGGGGACGAUAAGGAAAAGACCCUCCCGAUAGCCCACUUGGGAAGCAGCAUGGUGGCCCACGGGGAGGACUUUGAUGGGAACUCGGAAUACGGGCAAUGUCUCAUGAUGUUUGGACGCACGGAAGAGCGCAUCGCACGUAUCCAAGAAAGUUACAUUACACAGGCGACUUCGAGCUGGCUCGAAUCCCUCGAGAGAUCCCUCACCCAGAUGAAGGAUUACCAGCAAGCUCGCAAGAAGCUCGACAGCCGCCGGCUCGCAUACGAUACCUCCCUCUCAAAGAUGGAAAAAGCCAAGAAAGAGGACUUCCGCGUCGAGGAGGAGCUCCGUUCCCAGAAAGUCAAGUACGAGGAAGCUAACGAUGACGUGCUCCGUCGCAUGCAAGACGUCAAAGACGCCGAAGUCGACAACGUAGCGGACAUGGGUGCGUUCCUGGACGCUCAACUCGAGUACCACGAACGGUCCCGCGAGGCGCUCCUGCAGCUCAAGAGCGAGUGGGUCGGGUCUAGUCAGGGACAAGCCCCCGGCCGUCGUCCUACCCGGGCUCGUUCCAACACUGCCCACUCAUAUCUCGACCGAUAUGACCCACUGCAGGAAGAGAUCAUAAAUGCCACAGAGACUCGUCCUCCUAUCCGAUCAAACAAGACUAUCGCGACGCCAUUCGCCGACUCUCCCCCGCGAGAGACCAAUGUCCGUCCGAUCCUGAGCCGGGUCUCUACAUUUGAAGGCCCCACCCAACUACGACAGGAUCAAAGCCCCGUGGCAGCGCAGUGGAUCCAGCAGCGUACCGCUAGCGAGAACAUGGGCGGCUACGGCCGUCGUAGCAGCACCCAGGUUGGCAGCGGUCGUAUCUCUGCGGAUCCCUACGCCGACUCGGAAGAAGUCAGCUCCUAUGGUCGUUCUAGCCCUGAGCGAAUGCUGGGCAGGUCCAUCUCACCGGCUACUUCUCAUGGUAGCGUGGCGUCUCGAAAGCCCAGUACAUCGAAUAUGAAUACUCUUGGGUUGAAGAAGGCUCCGCCUCCACCUCCGCCUUCGCGUGCGAAGAAGCCGCCUCCCCCUCCCCCGCCCAUGAAGCGGACCUUGCUCGCUGCACCCAAUGCUUGA